AUGACGACUUCGAUUCAAACAACAAAGGACACAUCAAUCUGUGGGAUCAAAAAACGACUUGAUUUUCAAAUCCUCGAUGCUUGGAAUAAUGGGAAAAGUUUUAUCGGAAUUCUUACUCUUCCUCAAAAGAACGAUUUCACCAUUUCCUUUAAAUUCUCACAAUCUGCACCAAAAGCAACAAUCAAUGCCUGGAACUUGGAAUUUUUCUCCAUUUUUAGCGAAAACAUGGGUUUCGCACUUCAUUCAAAAGCCAACUCCGAUGCUUACGAUGAUGAAUCUGUUGCGAUUCAUUUUGAUGAUGUAACGCACUUUAGUGAUGUUCAUGCGUUUGGUUGGAAUCAGAAAGUAACCGAUCUGUCUUGCUUCGACGAAGAUGAUCUGGAGAUAACAACGAUAGGAGGCGUCACAAUCGAUCCGAUGGGAUGCGACAUCGAGCGAUUUGGGGGACUACUAUUCUUUGGCAAAGACAUUCAGCUCGAGCAUAGUAGUUCAUGGAUGGACGGAAGUGAAACCGUAUCGAAUUUCGUCAUGAGAGUAUAUCUUCAAAAAGAACAAGCGAACCCCCCUGCGCUUUGGGGAUGGGAUCUGAGCAUUGACUUCAACCAAGAACUCACAGGAUUGACGAUUUACGGGACAAGGAUACAAAAACUCGAUCCAAUUUGGAAAAUCAGCGGCUUUUUCGGCUCUCGAUUUGUCAAGUUUGGCCCGACAGAGGAACUCAACCUUUUGCAAGCUGACGAAUUUACGUUCUCAUUUGAGACAAGAUCGAAAACAGUACCACAGAUGGAAAAUGCAUAUUUCUGCGGACAUUCCAUUUAA